CCGUUUUUAGCGGAGGAAUUCAGGCGGACAAGGAAGAGCGAACGAGAAGAAACCAGGAAAUAGCCCGAGACGCGCCUCGGUGUGUGUUUUUUAUGAUAAAGUGUUUAAAGUUGGACGAUUUAUAAACAUUUAUCCGGUGGGAAAAUCCGGUGUUUUCCUGCACUUUACUGAAUCAGCCGUGUCGUGUGGUUUAGAAGAUGGGAGUUGGAGAUCCAAACAGUAUGGAGCAGGGGGCAUCGGCUCCGGUGCAGGACCCGGACCGGGUGAAGUCACUGCAGUCUCAGGUGGACGGCGUGAAAGACAUCAUGACCCAGAACGUGGACCGCAUCCUGGCACGCGGAGAGAGACUCGAUGACCUGAUGGACAAAUCCGAAGACCUGCAGGCCGGGGCGCAGAACUUCAAGCACACGUCUCAGAAGGUGGCCCGUGCCUACUGGUGGAAGAACGUGAAGCUGAUCGUGGUGAUGGUGGUCCUGGUGGCCCUCGUCAUCCUCAUCAUCGUGCUGCUGGCUACAGGCGUGAUCCCCACCGGUUCCCAGGCGCCGCCGGUCCCCACAAUCAAACCCCCCAAACCGUAAAAUUACCCCCUUCACACUCGCUCCUGCACACAGACCUACACUUUAUACACAAACCUGAAAGCACACACACUUCCAUUGGUUUAGAAAAGCAGUCCUGAAAGUCAAAUGUAGAUCAAACUAAAGGUCAUCGAAAUUCCUGAUGUCCUUCAUGAUGAAGCUCGUCAGCUUUGAGCUCGCUUUCUGACUUCAUUCCUUUAGACCGGUGUCUGAUCAUCAGAUUCCCAAAAACAGCCAUGUUUCUUCACCUGAUUAAUCAAACCACACACACAAUAAUAAACUCAUUAUUUUUCUUCCGAGAAUUCUAUGAAAAGUUCAAGAAUGUCUAGAUAUAGCUUCAGAUUUAUAAGCUUACACUUCCAAACAUCUGGAAUUUCUCACAGAUCGCCGGAAUUGAAGAUUUACCCAAACUUCUAUGUUGAAAAUGUCCGGAAACAUUAAACUCAAUAAAUUUCUAGGUUACAGAUUAAAUAAAAAAUCAUGUUACAUACAGAAUAAUAGCUUGAGGAUUAAAGAUGUUUCACCCCAAAUAAUGAGAUUUUAAGAUUUGAAACAAAUCUAGAAAUUUGUCUUGACGUCGAGGAAUUUGAGGAAGUUUAUUAGAAAUGACAGAUUUAAAGAUAUCCGGAAAAUUCUAAGACGAUUCGAGCUUUGAGGGACGGAAUAUAAAACUAGUCCCUUCAUCUAGAUUUGAAAUAAAAUUUGUUAAAAUUUAUUUGAAAAUUAAUGUUGGAACUAUUAAUGUUGGAAUAAUAAUUAAAUAAUUAAUAAAUUGAACAGUAAAAACAAUGUGAAAUUUGAAAAAUAUCUAAGAGAAAAAAAAAGAUCUGUUUUUUUUUUUUUUUUUUAUUCAAAGGAAACAGUAAAAAUAUGUGAUGAAUGGACUUUUAGAAUAUUUUACAGCUACAAAUAUCUGGAAAUAAAUCCUGAAAGCUGGAUAUAAUUUCUCACUUUAUUUUUUCGGUUCCAUGCCGAAAAUAUUCUCAUCAAUGCUGGAAGGAACCUGUAGCAUAUUACAUGUUAAUAAUCAUGAAUAAUAAUAAUAAUAGUAAUAAUAAUAAUAAUACAAAAGAUUUUAGUUUUGUAUCUUCGCUGUGUAAACAGUUACUCAAUUUAUUAGUGAUACAGUGAGUGUGUGUGUGGAAAUGUUCAGUUUUGCCUAAGUGUGUGUGUGUCUGUGUGUGUGUUCUUUUACAAGAAAAAAUGUCUUGUUUUGUUUUUUUUGCGUAAAAUUCGAAGGCCGAUGUCCGAGAUAAAAUCGAUACGAACAAUAGCGCAGAUGCACUUUGCCUUAACCUGGAGAUUAAAUAUCGUCCUCGGUUUUGCUUUACCAUUCCAACCUCUGCUGUAAAAGGCGAUAUUUCUCUCAUUUUCAUUGUUAAGAUAGUAAUAAAUAAAUAUUAAAAUAAAUAAUAUAUAAUAAUAAUAAUAACAGACACCUUUACAGUUCAUUUUAGUGGCCAGCGUUUUCACAUUUUACACAGCUUAGAUUUGAUGAUCUUCAUGGUUACAUUUACAAUUAAUAAUAAUAAUAAUAAUAAUAAUAAUGAUAAUCGAUUUAUUUUCCCAGUAGAAACAUGAUUAGUGAUUGUUAUCAGAGCUACGAUUAACAGUAGAGACGUAUUUUUCCGAGCUUAUAUUUUUCUCAAUUUCUUCAAAUCAGCUUUUCUUGUGGUUUUUGUUGUGGAAAUCCUUCUUUUUUUUUUCUCUCUCUCUUUUUUUUUUUUUGUAAAUAUUUGAGUCUUUUUCUUCUGUUGCAGUUUUUUCUAAUAAACUGUAGCAUGGAGUAUAACGUUAGAAUGUUACAUAUCCAAGUUUAUUUAUUGUUCCUGAUCCCUAGAAAGCUGUUCUAGUCGCCUGGUUGUCUUCUAAAGAAUCCGAAACAUGAUGAAGAGUUAAUACACACCAGCUAGUCGCUCACAGGUGUGUGUGUGUGUGUGUGAGUGAGAGAGAGAGUGUGUGUGAGAGUGUAAGGGAGAGAUAUCAUGUGAUGUGUUAAAGGUUCAGAUGAAAUACUCAACCAUUUCUGGGGCUUUUGUUGUUAAACAUGAAGUAAUAAAGAAAGCCUGUAGAGCUGUUUUUAAGCAAUAAAACGAUCACCGUGUCCUUAAA